AUGAGCACAUUCAAGCCUAUUGUGACUAUAACACGCCCUUCUCUCUCUCAUCCUCUCUACCUCUCAUCCUCUCUCCCUCUCAUCCGCCCUUCCUCUCGUCCUCCCUUCCUCUCGUCCUCCCUCCCCUUCUUCCGACCUCCCCCUCAUCCGCCCUUCCUCUCAUCCGCCCAUCCUCUCAUCCUCCCUUCAUCUCAUCCUCCUUUCCUCUCAUCCUCCCUUCCUCUCAUCCGCCCUUCUCUCUCUCAUCCUCCCGCCCUUUCAUCCGCCCUUCCUCUCGUCCUCCCUUCCUCUCGUCCUCCCUCCCCUUCUUCCGACCUCCCCCUCAUCCGCCCUUCCUCUCAUCCGCCCAUCCUCUCAUCCUCCCUUCAUCUCAUCCUCCUUUCCUCUCAUCCUCCCUUCCUCUCAUCCGCCCUUCUCUCUCUCAUCCUCUCUACCUCUCAUCCUCUCUCCCUCUCAUCCGCCCUUCCUCUCGUCCUCCCUCCCCUUCUUCCGCCCGCCCCCUCAUCCGCCCUUCCUCUCAUCCAACCUUCCUCUCAUCCGCCCUUCCUCUCAUCCUCCUUUCCUCUCAUCCGCCCUUCCUCUCAUCCUCCCGCCCUCUCAUCCUCCUUACUUCCCUUCCUUUCGCCCAUGGCCCCAUCCCUCCACCUGCUUUUCUCGCUGCGUUCACCUUAG